CAACACACACACACACACACAGGGCUAUAAAUACACGAAACGCAGCAACAGCAGCAGCAGCCGAGGCUCUGCAAGGCAGCACAGCGUCUGUUUUUACAUACUGAACCUGAAGGGCUCACAAAGCUGCCACUUAGUGUCCCAGCUGGAACAGCUUUUUUCAAACUGUUGCUUUUUUGAUUGUUGUUUUUGGACUUUUUUUGUUUUGUUUCUGGGUGCUUUUCUUUAGAGUCUGAGGAGAGAGUUGAUUAGUGUUUUGUUGUUGUUGUUGUUGUUGGACGGAGCAGCUAUGGGAGACUACUGGGGAGAUAUCGCCAGUCAGAGGGUGGCCCGAGCCAUGUCGCUGGGUCAUGAUGAGGAGGCCGUGCUGGACCAGGGGAAGACCAGCUCCACCCUCAGCACCAACUUUGAGAAGGAAGAACUGGAGAGUCACCGAGCGGUGUACAUCGGCGUUCACGUUCCUCUGGGCCGAGAGAGUCGGCGGCGCCACCGUCACCGUGGACACCGUCACCACCGGAGACGGCGAGACCGGGAAGACCGGGAGGACGGACGGGAGUCACCCUCAAACGACACUCCUUCCCAGAGAGUCCAGUUCAUCCUCGGGACGGAGGACGCCGACGAGGAGCACAUCCCCCACGACCUGUUCACCGAGCUGGACGAGAUCGCCUUCAGAGACGGAGACUUCCAGGAGUGGAAGGAGAUGGCGAGAUGGCUGAAGUUCGAGGAGGACGUAGAAGACGGUGGCGAGCGUUGGAGUAAACCGUACGUGGCCACGCUGUCUCUCCACAGUCUGUUCGAGCUGCGGUCCUGCAUCCUGAACGGCACCGUGCUGCUCGACAUGAGGGCCAACACCAUCGAGGAGAUCGCAGACAUGGUGAUCGACAGCAUGCUGGCGUCGGGCCAGCUGGAGGAGGGCGUCCGAGAGAAGGUGAAGGAGGCCAUGCUGAGGCGCCACCACCAUCAGAGCGAGAAGAAGCUGAGCAACCGAAUCCCGCUGGUGCGAUCCUUCGCCGACAUCGGCAAGAAACACUCCGACUCCUAUUUGCUGGACCGCAACGGUCUGCUGGCGUCCCCCCAGUCGGCUCCGGGAAACCUCGACAGCAAGACCAGCGAGAGCCGCAUCAACGGAGGCAGCCGGGAGAACAGCACGGUGGACUUCAGCAGGGUGGAUAUGAACUUCAUGAAGAAGAUCCCUCCGGGUGCCGAGGCCUCCAACGUCCUGGUUGGGGAAGUGGACUUCCUGGAGCGGCCAAUCAUCGCCUUCGUUCGCCUCUCCCCCGCCAUGCUGCUGACGGGCCUCACAGAGGUACCGGUACCCACCAGGUUCCUCUUCCUGCUGCUCGGCCCCUUCGGUAAAGGUCCUCAGUACCACGAGAUCGGCCGCUCCAUCGCCACGCUGAUGACCGACGAGAUUUUCCACGAUGUGGCCUACAAGGCGAAGGACCGGAUCGACCUGCUGUCCGGGAUCGAUGAGUUCCUGGAUCAGGUCACGGUGCUUCCUCCGGGCGAAUGGGACCCCACCAUCCGCAUCGAGCCCCCAAAGAGCGUCCCGUCUCAGGAGAAGAGGAAGAUGCCCUCUGCUCCUAAUGGCUCCGCCCACGGUUAUGACAGCAUCAAGGAGGCGGAGCAUCAGACGGGACCAGAGCUGCAGAGGACGGGAAGGAUCUUUGGCGGUUUGGUGAACGAUGUCCGGAGGAAAGCUCCCUUCCUGUGGAGGGACAUCAGAGACGCUGUCAGCCUGCAGUGUCUGGCCUCCGUCCUCUUCCUGUACUGCGCCUGCAUGUCGCCCGUCAUCACGUUCGGAGGGCUGCUGGGAGAAGCCACCAAGGGAAACAUAAGUGCCAUAGAGUCUCUGUUUGGGGCAUCUCUGACCGGUGUGGCCUACUCUAUGUUCGCCGGUCAGCCUCUCACCAUCCUCGGCAGCACCGGUCCGGUUCUGGUCUUUGAGAAGAUCCUGUUCAAGUUCUGCAGUGACUACGGCCUGUCCUACCUGUCCCUGCGGACCAGCAUCGGCCUCUGGACCGCCUUCCUCUGCCUGCUGCUGGUUGCUACAGACGCCAGCUCUCUGGUCUGCUACAUCACGCGCUUCACAGAGGAGGCCUUUGCCUCGCUCAUCUGCAUCAUCUUCAUCUACGAGGCUCUGGAAAAGCUCGUCCAACUGGGCGAACUCUACCCCGUCAACAUGCACGGCACGCUGGACAACCUCACCUUCUACACGUGUAAGUGUUCUCCACCGGCCAACGCCUCGGCUGAAGUCCUGCAGAUCUGGAGCCAGAGAAACAUCACCUCCGAGAGCAUAGAGUGGGGAGAGCUGACUGUGAAGGACUGUGUGGAUCUUCACGGGGAGUUUGUCGGCUCGGCCUGCAGCCACGAGGGUCCCUACGUCCCCGACGUCCUCUUCUGGUCCGUCAUCCUCUUCUUCACCACCUUCUUCCUCUCCUCCUUCCUCAAACAGUUCAAGACCAAGAGAUACUUCCCCACCAAGGUCCGAUCCAGCAUCAGUGACUUUGCCAUCUUUCUGACCAUCAUGAUCAUGGUGCUGGUGGAUUAUCUGGUGGGAAUCCCUUCCCCCAAACUCAACGUUCCCGACCGCUUCGAGCCCACGUCGAGCACUCGCGGCUGGCUGAUCUCGCCGCUGGGACCCAACCCUUGGUGGACUCUGCUGGCCGCCGCCGUCCCGGCUCUGCUCUGCACCAUCCUCAUCUUCAUGGACCAGCAGAUCACCGCAGUCAUCGUCAACAGGAAGGAGAACAAGCUAAAGAAAGGCUGUGGCUACCACCUGGACCUGCUGGUGGUGGCCGUGAUGCUGGGCGUGUGCUCCAUCAUGGGCCUGCCGUGGUUCGUGGCGGCGACGGUGCUCUCCAUCUCCCACGUCAACAGCCUGAAGCUGGAGUCCGAGUGCGCGGCGCCCGGCGAGCAGCCCAAGUUCCUCGGCAUCCGAGAGCAGCGCGUCACCGGCUUCAUGAUCUUCGUCCUGAUGGGCUGCUCCGUCUUCAUGACCUCCGCCCUCAAGUUCAUCCCGAUGCCGGUCCUGUACGGAGUCUUCCUCUACAUGGGAGUGUCCUCGCUCAAAGGCAUUCAGCUGUUCGACCGGAUCAAACUGUUCGGCAUGCCGGCCAAGCACCAGCCGGACCUGAUCUACCUGCGCUACGUGCCGCUGUGGAAGGUCCACGUCUUCACCGUGCUGCAGCUCACCUGCCUCAUCGUCCUCUGGACCAUCAAGGCCUCGGCCGCCGCCGUAGUCUUCCCCAUGAUGGUUCUGGCGCUGGUGUUCAUCCGGAAGCUUCUGGAUUUCUGCUUCACUAAGAGAGAGCUGAGCUGGCUGGACGACCUGAUACCGGAGAGCAAGAAGAAGAAGGACGACGACAAGAAGAAGAAGGAGAAGGAGGAUGCUCGGAGGAUGCUGGAGGAAGUGGAGGACGAUCCACCGUUCGACGGAGGAAACCUGAACUUCCCGAUCAAAACCCUGAAGGGACGCUUGGACCCAUCAGAAGUGAACAUCUCAGAUGAAAUGGCCAAAAGUGGCAUUUGGAAAUCUGUUUCCAUGAACAAUGAUGGCAGCAAAGCUCUGAAACGCAGCAACGGCCUGCAGGAGCUGCCGAGUGUCCAGAUUAACGUGGAGAACGAGGACGGCCGAAGAGUGGUGGUGGAUGCCGAGACGUCGCUAUGACGACCCACCGCCUGGACGACGGGGGCGUUACCGACUGUGUCCCCACCGGUGGGAGCCGACCAAUCACGACCAGCCGUACUCCUCCCGCUGCCUUGUUCAGACGGACGCCAGCGUUUUAAUUUUCUCAUCGUUUUAUGGUGAAAAGCUCGCGGACUCCGCCGACGCCACUCGGGAGCAGAUAACACGGCCGCCGCGGUGUCCUGUUCCUCCUCAGGUCUUCUCUGGGAUCAGCCGAUCGGCCUGAUCGGCUGAUCGGCUGAUCGGCUGAUCGGCCUGAUCGGCUGAUCGGCUGAUCGGGCUGAUUCCUUCUCCAGACUGCUGAUCUGAAAAAUACACAUAAAUACAAGUUUAAUUUUAUUGUUUUAAAUGUACGAGACUCUUCAAUCCAUCAUGCUGAUUUAAGGUGUGUGUGUGUGUGUGUGUGUGUGUGUGUGUGUGUGUGUGUGUGUGUGUGUGUGUGUGUGUGUGUGUG